UCAAAAGGUAGCCUACCAACAUCAUGGGCAAGAGAAGGGCCCCGGUAAUCUAUUCUGCCGCGUCACGACAAAGCAAAUAGGAUGCUCGUGGUUUGUUAGCAUGGAUAUAAUAUAAACUGCGCCCCUGUGAGGAAUAAUUAUCUGGCAGGGCUUCACGACUGCUAAACAUGUGACCAUAGCGUGUCAAUUCGUGGUUUCUUUGCACCGCACUUUUCAGACCUGACAGAAAUAGUGAAAAGAACAGUUGACUACCACCAUUCCAUACACACGGAUCCAUUAUUGUUCACGCAACAGAACAUGGACAUCAAGGACCAAGGAGCUCAAAUGGAACCGCUGCUGCCAACGGUGUCAACUCCUGGACGCAGAAGCGUGAGAAAUGAUGAAGAGGCUGUGGUGGACAGAGGUGGAACCCGGUCCAUGCUGAAAACCAACUUUGAAAAGGAGGAACUCGAAGGUCACAGGACACUCUACAUCGGGGUACAUGUCCCCCUGGGAAGGAAGAGCCAUCGCAGGCAUCGGCAUCAUGGACAUAGACACAGGAAGAGGAGCAGGGAGCGGGACUCUGGAGUGGAGGAUGGAAGAGAGUCUCCCACAUACAACACGCCAUCCCAGAGAGUGCAGUUCCUCCUGGGCACAGAGGAUGAUGACGAGGAGCACAUCCCCCAUGACCUCUUCACUGAGCUGGACGAGAUCUGCCUGAAAGACGGAGAGGAAGCAGAGUGGAGGGAAACCGCCAGGUGGCUGAAGUUUGAGGAGGAUGUGGAGGAUGGAGGGGAGCGCUGGAGUAAGCCCUACGUGGCCACGCUGUCCCUGCACAGCCUGUUCGAGCUGCGCAGCUGCAUCCUCAAUGGCGUCGUGCUGCUCGACAUGAGGGCCAACUCCGUGGAGGAGGUAGCAGACAUGGUGUUGGACCAGCAGGAGACCACAGGUCCACUGGGGGACGAGGUGAGGAGGAAGGUGAGAGAGACCCUCCUCAAAACGCACCAUCACCAGAACCAGAAGAAGUUGGCCAACCGCAUCCCCAUUGUCCGCUCCUUCGCUGACAUUGGCAAGAAGCAGUCCGAGCCCCACUCCAUGGACAAGAACGGUCAGGUGAUUUCUCCCCAGACCUCUCUGCCCGUCCCCAAUGAUGGCAAAGCUGAAGUGAGCAGAGAGAACAGCGCUGUGGACUUCAGUAAGAUAGACCUCCAUUUCAUGAAGAAGAUUCCCCCGGGAGCGGAAGCGUCCAACGUGUUGGUGGGCGAGGCGGAGUUCCUAGACAAACCUGUGGUGGCGUUCGUACGUCUCUCACCUGCGGUCAUGCUCAACGGGCUGGCUGAGGUCCCCAUCGUCACCAGGUUCUUGUUCAUUCUGCUGGGGCCUCUUGGGAAAGGGCCACAGUACCAUGAGAUUGGCCGAUCCAUUGCAACUCUCAUGACAGACGAGGUUUUCCAUGAUGUCGCCUACAAAGCGAAGGACCGCACUGAUCUGAUUGCUGGAAUCGAUGAGUUCCUUGACCAAGUGACUGUCCUGCCACCGGGGGAGUGGGAUCCCUCUAUAAGAAUAGAGCCACCAAAAAACGUACCGUCUCAAGAGAAGAGGAGGAGUGCAGCGCAGUGCGGCACAGACCCAGGGGAUGAAGAGGAGGAGGACGAGGGACAUGGGGGUCCGGAGCUGCAGCGGACAGGACGAUUCUGUGGUGGUCUCCUGUUGGACAUCAAACGCAAGGCGCCGCACUACCUGUCUGACUACACAGACGCUGUCAGCCUGCAGUGCUUGGCCUCCUUCCUCUUCCUGUACUGUGCAUGCAUGUCGCCUGUCAUCACGUUCGGGGGCCUACUAGGAGAGGCAACAGAAGGACGCAUAAGUGCAAUCGAAUCGCUUUUUGGCGCCUCAAUGACAGGAAUAGCCUAUUCCCUGUUUGCUGGCCAGCCACUCACCAUUUUGGGCAGCACAGGGCCUGUACUGGUGUUUGAGAAGAUAUUGUACAAAUUCUGCAAGGAGUAUGGAUUAUCCUACCUCUCACUGAGAACCUGUAUAGGGCUGUGGACAGCGUUCCUCUGCCUGGUCCUAGUGGCCACAGAUGCCAGCUCCCUGGUCUGUUACAUCACCCGCUUCACAGAGGAGGCCUUCGCCUCGCUCAUCUGCAUCAUCUUCAUCUACGAGGCAUUGGAGAAGCUCAUCCACCUGGGGGAACACUACCCCAUCAACAUGAACAACAACCUGGACAAACUCACACAGUACUCGUGUUCAUGUGUUGAACCUCCGGAUCCAAGCAAUGCCACCAUACAGUACUGGGAGCAGAACAACAUCACUGCUUCUGAGGUCUACUGGGAGGCACUCGAGGUUAAGGACUGCAUGGAGAAAAGAGGAGAGUUUGUGGGCAGUGCCUGUGGCCCUCACGGACCCUAUAUUCCAGAUGUUCUCUUCUGGUCCGUGGUUCUCUUCUUCUCCACUGUCUUCAUGUCAGCUUUCCUAAAGGAGUUCAAGUUCAGCCGUUACUUCCCCACCAAGUUGAGAGCUGUCAUCAGUGACUUUGCUGUGUUCAUCACCAUCUUUACCAUGGUCCUGGUGGACUAUGCCUUAGGGGUCCCAUCUCCAAAACUAAAAGUCCCCAGUGUGUUCAAGCCGACCAGAGAUGACCGUGGUUGGUUGAUCAGCCCGUUAGGCGGCAACCCUUGGUGGACCACCAUCGUGACAGUGAUCCCUGCUCUGCUCUGCACCAUCCUCAUCUUCAUGGACCAGCAGAUCACCGCGGUCAUCAUCAACAGGAAAGAGCACAAAUUAAAGAAAGGCUGCGGGUACCAUUUGGACUUGUUUGUGGUGGGUGUCAUGCUGGGGGUAUGUUCCAUCAUGGGUUUGCCCUGGUUCGUGGCUGCCACCGUUCUCUCCAUCUCCCACGUCAACAGUCUGAAGCUGGAGUCGGAGUGCUCGGCCCCCGGGGAACAACCCAAGUUCCUGGGCAUCCGCGAGCAGCGCUUCACUGGCCUCAUGAUCUUCCUACUCAUGGGCUGCUCGGUGUUCAUGACCUCUGUGCUCAAGUACAUUCCCAUGCCUGUGUUGUAUGGAGUAUUCCUGUACAUGGGAGCAUCUUCGCUCAGAGGAAUACAGUUAUUUGACCGUCUGAAGCUGUUUGGCAUGCCAGCCAAGCACCAGCCUGACUUCAUCUACCUGAGACACGUUCCCCUGCGGAAGGUCCAUCUCUUCACCAUCAUCCAGCUCAGCUGCCUGGUCAUGCUCUGGGUCAUCAAGACCUCCAAUUAUGCCAUCGUCUUCCCCAUGAUGGUGUUGGCGCUGGUGUUCAUUCGGAAAUUGAUGGAUUGCUUCUUCACCAAGAGAGAGAUGAGCUGGCUGGAUGAUCUAAUGCCAGAGAGUAAGAAGAAGAAACUGGAGGAUGCUGAAGAAGAGGAGGAGGAGCAAAGCAUUUUGGGAGAGGAAGAUGGAGUAGUGCAGGUGCCGUUAGAAGGAUAUCAAAAGAGUGAAUCCGCACUCAACAUCACUGAUGAAAUGUCCAGAGGCUCUUUUGGAAACACGUGGAAUGUCAACUCUGACAACUCUAAAAAAGAGCUAGACUCAAAAAGAUGCUGAAUCCCCCAAAGGUAAGAGUCUGAUCCCCGUGCCCUUGCUUGCUCAUCCUUAGUCUGUUUGGUCAGUUUUUUGAAGAAAAAAAAUGAAAAAAAAUAUUUUUAUCGUUGCAUGAUAUGAUGCAGGACAGGAAAAUGUCAAUUUUUUUAAAUUGAUCAUUUGGUUGAAACUAUAUGCUGCUUAUUUUGCAUUCUAACAAAUUGUCAAGUUACAUUAUAAUUCUUUUAGUUCAUCAACACUGAGAGUGCGCAGCUCUUAGGAACUGCCGGUGUUAGGCAAAGGUAAACAUUAUGGAUGCUAAGUCCAUUAACUUUCCACUGCUUGGAAUAUAAACCCAUGCAUAUGACAGGCAGUGGAGAGUAAACAUGCGCUCAGUUUAAAGUGACAUGACUGAGACAGCAAGGAUGUAAAGUGCAUGAAAGAUGCUAACUGUAUCAAUCAGUCUCUGCUAGCAUGCCAUUCAUCCUUUGACUGUAUGCCUCAGCCAAUGGCUGUGCAGGGCAGUUUGACAAGGAGCACUACAGUACAGCAUGCUAGCUGUAGGCUCCGAUAUGCAACAACUAGAGAGUGACUUAUUACUAGUACAUCUCUCCCGAGAACUGCUCUUUCAUGAACAUUGUCUGAGGUCUUGCCCAUCAGACCCCAUACCGCUCAGCUGCCUGGAACAUACAGUACAAUACUAUACAUGUGAGUGGAUUAGCAUGAGGUUACUAAAGCAUGUCAAAUAGGAACCUAAUGUUAAUGUAAAGCCCCUCCCAACUGAGACAUCAGUUGAUGAUACAUUUGGGGGCAGUUUCCCGGACACCGAUUAAGCCUAGUCCUGGACUAAAAAGCAUGCUCCAUGGAGAAUCUUCAUUGUUGCAGCUGGACAGCUGAUCGGUAUAAAGCUUACGUUCUGAAGCUGUAUACUUGGAAAGCACUAACAGCCAGUGUUUAUACCCACAGCUUAUCCAAGAACAGUGGUAGGAAAGAAAAGAAGAGAAGAAAGAUGAGGAAGGGCUGCUUCGACAGGGAGUCACGUUUAUGACGUUUCCCCCUUCACUGUGUUCUAAGCAAAUCAAUAUUGUGUGCCACAGUUUACCAUUCCUUUAUGUUUUGUCUUGUAAAUCUUUGUGUGUUCAAAAGCUUAAAACAGUCUCUUUUUUUAGUUGACGUCUCCAAAACUGUUCUUUGUGAGGCAACCUAAAGACAUUUAUUUAUUGUAUGUAUUUUGUAUGUUUUUGUAUUUUUUCCAGUAUCAUAAUAUUACAGCUGUUUGGAAGUUGAUAAAUUAUCCAACUAGAUAAACACUCCAUUUAAAAGUUUGUGCAAUACUGCAGUUAAAGACUAUGAAAGCAAGUAUAUAUAUAUACAGUGGGGCAAAAAAGUAUUUAGUCAGCCACCAAUU